CUAUCCUAACGCCUUACCGGGAAUUCCUCUCUCUAAACAAUCCACAUUCUUACAAGUUUCAACCGUAUAAACAAUGUCGCAAUAGCUUCCGAGAGCCUUUGUCUCCUCUUGGGCAAUGUUCAAUUCCAUUACACGUGAAACCAUAUUUAAUACUCCACGCUGCAAAAAAGGUUAAAUCUUUUCCCCUAUUCUUUUUGUCUCGUAACAAAUGUAAAGUUCAUCGCAUAUCUUGAAUAACUCUCCUUUUUACUCUCCACCUACUGUAAAUUCAAAACCCAUCUACUCGAUCGCCGUUAUCGGUGGAUCAUCUCUCUCUAUUCUCAGGUUUUAUUCUCGAACCAAUCAACUUAUUAGUAUGUUUUGAUAUUUGAAGGGAGUGAGUUUCUUCAUUUGUUUUCUUAAGUUUUAGUAAUUCAUAUUCUUUCAUUGUUAAAGAUUGAAUCUUUUUGUGAAGAACUAGACGAGAUUAAGAUCGUGGGGUGGAUCUGUUUUUAAGGUGAACAUGAUUCGGUGAUUUUUUUAGAAUAGUUGAUUGGUGCUGCUGACUUCAAUUGAUGAACUUCGAUGAAAUCAAUAUAUUAGUUUCUUGUAAUGGGUCAUGUAUGAUGAAUUCAUUGGUCAAAAGUGGUAAAUUGUGGUGAUAUUCACAAAGUUAUAAUCUGUUUUCUCAAUGUUUCUUUUUGUUUUGGGUAAAACUGACCUGUUUUUAUGAAUCUCUGGCUCAUAAGUAUCUGUUGUCUUUUGACUUCACUAAUCAAAGUGUUAAGAGUGUAUUGAUGAUUUUUUUUCUUAUUAUUUUGUUAUCAUAUUCAAAUUAAUAGCCUUACCUUUCGAGUUGAAGUAUCUCAUGUGAUUUUAAGUUCGUUGUGGUUUGAAAAAUGUUGAUCUAUAAUAAGAGGCUGGUGUUGGUUUUGUUCAAGUUUACUUGUACGGAAGCCAUAGCUGUAUAGCCAUCUACCUUUUCCAAUGUAGUAAUUGGUUCUCAGAGGCUUGUAUCGUGGAAUUUUUACUCCCAGCUGUAUAUUUUUACUUCAUUUUGUAUUGCACAUUUGGAUGAGGAACUGUUGCCCUAGUAUAUAUUCUUGUUCACUUGCAUGGAGGACCACUAACUGGAAAAAAUUACAUUCUUUGAUGCCAUUUAAGAUUCCGAGGUAACCACCCUAACUUUCAUUGGUCUUUUUAGAAAACUUGUUUUACAGUGUAUGUAUAUGCUGUUGCUUUUAUAUCGAUUAAGAUGAUUCCUUGUAAGUAUAGAUGGUGAGUUCAUAUUAUCAUAGCUCUGAUUAAAUAUUCAUGUGCAACUACUUUUCAUAUCUUACAAUUUACAUUAUCUUUAUAUUAGGCUUAAAGUGAUUUAUUUUAUCUGUCUUUUACUUCCUUUGCAGAUCUGCUGAAACUCUUCAAAGCUGUUUGUCCACAACACUUCUGUAGUUGAUAUUAUUUUCCGUGAAACAUAAUUACAGAGAUGCAACGGGGAAGAAGUGCCCUCAAUUCGUUCCCUGAGCCAUUUGAUUUGAACCAAGGACCAGUUCCUGAAAAUACCUCUAUGGAUCACUCAGGUUCCUGGAAUACUACGUUGAACCCAGUGGAAAACCGACUUUCUAGUUACAUCAUUGGAGCUACUGAUGGAAAUGAUAGUUGCAUUGAUGGUGCUGCUCGGAGUUUUUGGGACCGUGGCGAAUCCAGCUCCAGUGCAAACAAUAUGCAAGAUGGAGCUCGUGGUACUGAUUCUAAAACAAGACUUGGGUGGUCGUCAUCUUUCAAUGCUUGUUCUGAGCGCAAUGCAAGAUCGGAAGACUGGUCCUUUCCACUACCCAAUACCACCAGUAGUAGCAAUAUGGUUGCUGGCAUGAAUUUAAAUUUGAAUGAUGGCCAAACGUGGAAUCAUGAUUACUACAGAGGUUCAGGAACAGCUCUACCUCAUAAUCUUUAUAAAUCUGGGCAUUCGGCAAUUGACCAGAAUCCAACCUUUUACCCUUCUUCAAGUAACAUGGGAACCUUUUCUGGUCAUUCUAGUACUUCUUCAGAAAAUUAUGACUUAUCUGGUCCGUUUGGUUCUUGGGGUUCAUCUUGCAAGAGAAAGGCUCUUGAUGGCAAGUCUGGACAAUUUUACCCUGGUGGAAGUUCGAGCUCGAAUCAGCCAAUUGACAAGAACAUAAUGCAGCAUCCAGCUCGUGGUAGGUACAAUACACCAGGAAAUAUAAGUAUAUCCUCUGGCCCGGUGAACUUGUCUUCAACUAAUCUCAUAGAACAAGUAAAUCCAAGUAUUGGCGCUGGGCUGAGUAGAGUGCCCCCUAGCCCUUCUCCCUCUUCAAGUGUACCAGGAGUGGCAGAAAGCUCGCGCAGACAUUUUGCAGCAAGAUUGAAUCAUGGGCGGCAUGAGCCAAUCCCAUUUGAUACACCUAGAAAUUCAUCCCUGAGGAGCUCUGGUGCUUAUGCCUCCCAUCUUUCAAGACCCAUCACAAACAUUGAUUCUGCAGAAUUGAGGUCAUCGAUCACACUGCCAAUGAACCAAGCCAAUUCCUUGACUCAACCUCAUUUAAUACCAGUACAUGAGGCGAGAGGAACAUAUUCAAACCCUUGGAGUGGAUCUUUGAGUUCACGAGACGGUAGUUCAUCAAGCUCUGGAGAAAGAGGUCAUGGAGCACCCGAGGAUAUUAAUGUUAGAAGCUCUCGUAGAAAUGAUCUUGAGUACCCCAUGACCGUUUCUGCACCUGAGACAAGAACUGUCCUGCCAGAUCAAAUCGAUUGGAGUUUUGCUCCUGGAACUUCUGCAUCGUCUAGGAAUCAUCCUACUGGUUCACGUAUUGGCCACAGUUCUGGAGGCAGAACCCAUUCUGGUGCAUGGUUGCCUCAUCAAAACCCGACAUCACAAAAUCAUCAAAGGUUAUCAGAAUCCUUACCUUGGCUUCCUAUCCAUCGAGUUGAGCCUGAAUCUGGGACAGCUAGAAGCCAUUUUGCCUUUUUGUCUUCUGCCUUUUCUUCAUUGGAUGAGGCAGCUAAUACUAGUCGGCAUCAUUUAGAUCAAAGGUCAGCAGCUCUGUUGAUGGAUAUACCGGGCGCUGAAGAUAUUAUCGGUAGGCGUUCUUUGGCUGCUGUUGAGGGCAGACAUAGACUGAUACGGCAAGUCCUGAAUGGCAUGCAGAGGGGUGUCCACUUACAAGAUGAGGAUUAUAUGCUUAUUGAUCCUUUUAUGAAUGGAUUCUCUGAGUUGCACGACAGACACAGAGAUAUGAGGCUUGAUGUCGACAAUAUGUCCUAUGAGGAAUUAUUGGCUUUGGAGGAGCGAAUAGGGAACGUGAGCACUGGACUCAGCGAAGAACAAAUCAGCAGCUCCAUGAAACAGCGCAAGUAUGAAGGAACAGGAAGCUCGCUGCCAAGCAUUGAGCCGUGCUGUAUAUGCCAGGAGGAUUACAUUACUGGAGAAAACAUCGGAAUAUUGAACUGUGGGCAUGAGUUUCACACCGGCUGCAUCAAGCAGUGGCUUACACUGAAGAACCUUUGCCCCACAUGUAAAGCGACGGCCUUGGGGUCUUGAAGGCAAAAUGACAUUUCUGGUUUCCCUCUUAAAUAACAUUAUCCUUAUCCCGUUGCAGGGUAUCUCUUCCUUUUCUUUACAGUUGCGGUCGAAACUGGUUCGCUCUCCCCUCACAGGCUUGGUGGACUCAAGAAAGAAGAGAUCCACAGGGAGUGAGCCUGUGUGAACCAUGAUACUCUUUUAGGUUUAAACUUGGUAAUCUGUGAACAAUUUUUUAUUCAUCAAAAAUGAAAUGUUUGAGCCUUUGAACCAAUAAUACCAUUACUGACAGACAUUCUUGGUUAUUGUUAUGUACUUGCAAAUUUUUGUGAUGGAGAUUGGUGAUGCACAACUA